ACUAACAGACAGGCGUUUGCGGCAGUAAUUCUCACCCUCAGAGAUGACUGAAGCAUGCAAUGUCUCGGUGUAUCUCUAACAACCCAGAGGAUCUGAAAUCGGAGUGCUAGGACCUAGUUUAUAGACGUUUUAUAGAAGAGAGCAGUGGGCUGAAAAUGGACAGCUGUCAACUGAUGUCUCCUGAUUUCUCCUCGGAGGAACGGCUUGAGAUUGAAAACCUCAAGCUGCACAAGCAGGACCUCCUGGAUGACAUUCAGAAGCUGAAGUGGGAGAUCGAGAAUGUAAUGGCCGAAAUUCAGGACUUCGAGUCUGCUGAAGAGAACAAAGUACUCGAGAGAGGGAAGCAGAUAUCAAGUGGCAAGAAGAAAUUCAACAUGGACCCGAAAAAGGGGGUCAGUUACCUGGUGGAAAAUAAGCUGUUGGAGUUGAAGCCCCAGAGCAUUGCUGAGUUCCUCUAUAAAGAGGAAGGUCUCAAUAAGACUGCUAUAGGAGACUUCCUAGGGGAAAGAGAGGAGAUACACCUUCAGAUCCUAAAAGCUUUUGUGGAACUUCACGAGUUUUCAGACCUCAACCUUGUCCAGGCACUGAGACAAUUCCUGUGGAGUUUCCGCCUUCCUGGUGAGGCACAAAAGAUUGACCGUAUGAUGGAGGCCUUUGCCACUCGCUACUGCGAAUGCAAUCCAGACGUCUUCCAGUCCACUGACACCUGUUACAUCCUCUCAUUUGCCAUCAUCAUGCUGAACACCAGCCUGCACAACCCCAACGUUAAGGACAAGACCACGCUGGAGCGCUUCAUCAGUAUGAACAGAGGCAUCAACAACGGCGAAGAUCUUCCCAAUGAGCUUCUCACGAAACUGUAUGAGAGCAUACGGAACGAGCCGUUCAAAAUUCCGGAGGAUGAUGGUAACGAUCUGACGCACACUUUCUUCAACCCUGACCGGGAAGGCUGGCUUCUCAAACUAGGAGGAAGAGUAAAGACAUGGAAGAGGAGAUGGUUUAUCUUGACUGAUAACUGUCUCUACUAUUUCGAAUACACCACAGACAAAGAACCGAGGGGGAUCAUUCCUCUAGAGAACCUCUGUGUCAGGGAAGUCAACUACACACGCAAACCGUACUGUCUGGAGCUGUAUCACCCCAACCCCAACAGUAAGGGACAGAAGAUAAAAGCAUGCAAGACAGAGACAGACGGACGGGUGGUGGAGGGGAAACAUGAGAGCUACAUGAUCUGUGCUUCAACAGCCGAGGAGAGAGACAACUGGAUCGAAGCAAUUAGGGCAAGCAUCACAAAGGAUCCGUUUUAUGACCUGGUCUCAGUCAGAAAGAAGAAAGUCAUCAAGCAAAUAGCACAGGAUUGACCACAGCAGAGCACCAUGGGAUAUGGGGUGAAAAGUGACAGACACUGCAGUCUGCGUGUAGCAGAAAGGAAUGACUGGACUGAAAGUUUACUCAUUACUCACAUCACUGUGUAUAACCAAACAGGAAGUGAAGAGAAGCAGUCCUUUUCGUCUCUGCUGUUUCUGUGGAUCAAAGAGUAGUUUGUAGCGUGACCUUUUUUUUAAGACCUUCAGCCUGUGUUAUCUACAGUCUGUUUGAAAUUGUCUUAAGAGGUAAUUUAAAGGCCUUGGGAAGGCAGUUUUGAGGUCUAAGUAUUAUCAAUGCACUUAUAUAUUAUUGGUCUCAUGGACCUGCAUGGUGUCUUAGGAAAUUUUGUAAUAAUAGCCAUAGUCGGACAUUUUGAAGAGAUUGUUUUCCUUGUGGGAAAAGAAGUCUCCUCAGUGAGAUGGUCAGUGUAGGAAGUGUGCUUUUUUCUUUGCAAACACAAGCUAAUCUGAAAUCUGAUAACUUGUUGAAAACUCCAGCACUUAACACCAGCUCAUUUAAUGGCUCGAUGAGUGGAUAUUACCUCACUUGUCUGUUGUUUUAGAUUAAAAAUCAAAUUCCUAACAAAUCAAUGUAAAUAGGUGUAAUGAUAUAGAUUUUAUUCAAAUUAUAACAUGUGUAGUAGGCUCCUAACACACAAAUUUGAACUGAUUUCAUCUCUUGCAGCUGGAUUCAGAGUUAAGUUAAGCGCACAGUGAGGAUGUAAUGCAGAUAUUGUACACAUUGGUUUUCAGACCUCGGAUGUAACUACUGGUUUAAGUGCUAUUCAGAAGUUACACAGAUGGGGUGGAGUUUGGCUAAAAUAGAGGCGUGUUUCAGUUGUGCCCAAUUCUGACCUUGAAUUUUAAGCUGAGAUUUAUGUUUUAGGCUAUAAAUACAUUUAAAAAUGUAAUGCCAUUUGAGGCCAAUAUUAAAUACAUAUAUAACAUUAAUUAAUUAAUUAAUGCUUAAUUAGUGCUUUCACACUUCCACCAGAGCAUGUUUUAAAUGUAACCCAAUGGGAAGCUGCCACCAAAGAGGUGGAAUUUGGUCACUUUUAAAAAAGCAUUUUUUUGCUCACAGUGAAGAUUCCAAAAUUGUUCAACUUUUCCCGGCCAAUCAGGUCGCAAGUUGAGGGUGCUAGCAAGAAAAACAAACACGGAGGACAAGCUACUAGGGAAAAAUGUUCAUGUUAAGUGAGUUCUUAUAAAUAAAACUAUGUCAUGAAUUGCAAUGAAACUAAAAAUAAAAACGUGUCUAUGUUUGGGACAUUCACUGGUUUGCGAUGCGACGUCCCUCUUUAACUGUGACUGCAUACACUCAAGUGAAGCAAAACAACCUCCUUUAUUCCAUCUUUAUUUCUUCUUUGUUGUUACUAUUAAUAAUAAUCUAAUCUAGAUAUCAAGCUAGCCUAGUUAGUUAGCUGAUACUAGCUAGACCUGGUACGAGCAUGUUAUGGUUACACAUCUCACAAACUGCUUUUUUUUUAUCUCAACACAAAACAUGCCAUGGCAAGCAUUUUUUUUUCUUCUAAAUUAAAAAGUGUGAAAGCCGCCUGACAGUGUUAUAUAGUGGACUAAACCUUUAGUGUGCAGGGUCAAUAACAGCAUACAACCUCCUGUGUUUACUCUUCGUUGUACAUAUAGGUUAUAUAUUUAUUAAUAUGCGCCAUAUGUGUUAUGUGUAUAUUAUGCCUGAAUAAAAAUUUGAUUAUUUAUCAGUACACAAAGAAUGAUAAAUAAAUGUAAACUUUACUGUACAUGUACUAUUUUACACAGGGGACGCAGGUCUGAUUUGCCUGAUAUGCAUAUAUUUUUUACUUUAUUGUACAAUAUUUGUGAAUAUGUGAUCGGAGUAUUAUAAUGAAUCGCUUGAUAAUUAUUAUUAAAGCAUUUGUUUUUUUUAUUGAA